AUGCCACCGAGAACAGAGGCACACGCAGAGCAGCAGCCAGCAGCGGUAGCGGUGGGAAAAGCUACGCCAGCAGCAGAGGUAGAGCCGCCAGGAAAGGUGCAGGUCACAGUCGGUGGGGCAGAGGAAGCCGGUUCAGAGGGGGAGGACGACGACGACGACUUUGACUGGGGUGCCGCCAAGCACAUCUUCGUCCUUAGCAACGCUGGCAAGCCGGUUUUCUCCCUCUCCGGUGAUGAACAGCGCCUGUCCACCCUCAUGAGCCUCAUCCAGGGGAUGCUCUCGCUCUGCGCCGACUGCGAUAACGGAGACGAAAUGGAGUCCAUCUCUGCCGGCAGCCGGCGGUUCGUGUUUUUGAAGAGAGGGAAUUUGGUGCUUGUAGGCGUCUCAUCGUCUUUGGUGGAGACAGCCAGCGGCGACGAGGGUGGGGAGGGUGGAGAAGGAACAGGGAAAGAGGAGGACGAGGCGGCGGCGGCGGCGGCGGCGCCAGAGUGUGAAAGUUUCAUGAGGCUACAGCUGGAGUACUUGUACGCGAGCAUUCUCUUCCUUCUCACGUCGAAGGUUCAAGGCAUCUUCUUGAAGUCGCCAGGUUACGACCUUCGCGGCCUCCUGGGCGGGGCAGAUACCUCCCUAAGAGGCAUCAUCGAGCUCGCCGAGCCCUCGCGCGGGCGGGGGCGCAUGCUGGCGGGCGGCGUGGAGACGGUCUGGAUGGACCCGGCGAUACGCUCGAGGGUAGCGAGGAACCUCCAGGCCGCGCAGACCGCGAGCGCUCCGAGCGGCGCCCUGUACGCGGUGUGGCUGUGCGGGGAGAAGCUGGUGGCGCUGGCGCAGCCCAGGGCGCCGUCUCACCACCUGAGCUCACGGGACCUGCUCCUCUUGGUGAACUACGUGGCGACGCAGCCGGCGCUGCGGAACGCGGAGUCGUGGACCCCUGUUUGUUUCCCUCGCUUCCAGAAAACGGGCUACCUCUACGCAUACAUCGGCUUCUUGGAGGACCCCCCUUCUUCCACAUUACCCCGGCCGCCACCGCAGGGAAAUGCCGAUCAGAAUUCCCCACCUGCCCAACACAGUGACGCCACCGCCGGCACGGGUUCAAUCGCCGACGAAAACGAGGGCCGGCGUGGUGGCAGUGCUUCCGCCGAUGGCGGCACGCAGAGCAACGGUAGCGGCAGCCGCUCGAUCGAGCGGGACUCUGGAACAGAGGCGGGGGGGGCAGCAGGAGACUCGUGCGUGAUCCUGGUGUCCGUGGAGUCUUCUUCGGAGCAGUUCCAGGCGUUUCGGCGCACCCGGUCUGCUCUCGAGUCGCGCUUCCGCUCGGCGCUUGGGACGCACUGGGACCGCUACCUGGGCUCCGGGGCGGAGUUGGAGAGGGAGGGAAUCUUGACCAAGUUUUGCACCCAGAUGAAGGCGCUACACUUCCACUACUGCCUCCGGGGGAAGCAGGGCGGGGCGCCGUGCGUGACGCAGUGCCUCUCGUCGCCGUUCGUCGACCACGAGCUUGCGAGCAACCCCGCCGCGCAGCACAGGGUCUGGGGUUACUACACCCGCGCGGCCCUGAGGGUGCGUCGGGGCAGCUGCCAGGAAGGGCGCGUGUUUUGUCGGAGAAGGUUCGAAGGGAACAACGGGUACUUCGGUGGCGGUGGUGGUGACGGGCGUGGGAGCGGUUCACCGGCCGAGGAGGGAAACGGGGCCAGCGAAGAGGAGCUGGCGACGGCGCUGUUUGAGUCGGACCCCGUGCACAGUCUGGCGUACGAGGUCGGAGACGAGCACACGGUCGUGUCCUUGUUCGGCAAGCGGGACGGAGGGGCCGGCGGGGGCGGUCGGUGGGUGUCAUCCUCCUCGGCAGGCACCGGGAGACUGGGAGGGGGGGACGAGCUGCACGUAUGCUUCCCGUCUUCGGUCUCCCCGGAGGACGCGUACAAGGCAGCCGUCCGCCUCACCGCCAUCGUCCGAAGAGACAGGGAUUGGCUGUUUCUUACGGGGACCGGAGCGGCAAAGUGA